UACACUACAAGCUAGCUUUUCAAACCCAUGAUCCCGAAAUGGAAACUUCUUUUUUUCAUCUUCUUCGCUCUCUUUCCCUUCAAGAUAGACCCAGCUUUAUGCUCUUACAAAACCGCUUUGGAGCCAGCUAGCUCUCUCAUCGAUUUGUUGAAGAAGAAAGAUGGGUCGUGGAAAGAUCGAGAUCAAGAGGAUCGAGAACCAAACGAACAGGCAGGUCACCUAUUCCAAACGACGGAAUGGUAUUAUCAAGAAAGCUCAGGAGCUCACCGUCCUUUGCGAUGCUAAGGUCUCGCUCAUCAUGCUCUCUAGCAACGACAAGCUCCACGAGUAUACAAGCCCCACCACAACAACAAAGGAUAUCUAUGAUCAGUACCAAAAGAAUAAGUUGAUUGACCUGUGGAGCUCACACUUCGAGAGAAUGCUAGAAGAUCUGAAGAAACAGAAGGAUAUUAACCAUAGAUUGAACAGAGAGAUAAGGCAGAGGAUGGGUCAUGAUCUGAACGGUCUGAGUUUGGAGGAACUGCGUCGUCUUGAGCAUAAGGUGUCUGCUUCCGUGGAUGUCAUUCGCGCACGAAAGCUCCACGUGAUCAAAACUUCGACUGACACCUUCAAGAAAAAGAUUAAGAACUUGGAGAUCAAUCACAGCAAUCUCAUGCUCGAUCUUAGAGCAAAAUGCGAGGAUCCACAAUAUGGGUUGGUGGACAAUGGGGGAGACGUCUAUGAAUCCGAAAUUGCACUAGCAAAUGGUGCUUCCAGCCUGUAUGCAUUCCGCCAUCUGAAUCUCCAUGGUGGGGGGUUUGGAUCCCAGGAUCUGCGCCUUGCUUGAGGCCUGAGGGGCACGUUAGUUAGGAGAUCAGUCACAUCUCCUUCUACAGACGCUAGCUAUCUAAUUAAACUUAUCAUAUCUAUGGUGGACUUGCAGUACUCCGAUCCACUAUAUAUAGAUAUAGAGAUAUGAUUGCAUGUUUGCUAAUUAACAAGUAUUGCCUGAAACUGUAAUGGCUUUCAGAGUUUAUUAUUAUGUGAACUUAAUUUGUGUCGAUCGAUCUACUCAUGGUGCAUGCAAUGUGUUUCAUAUAUGAU